AUGGCAAUUAUUGGGGAGCUAAGAGCAAGUGCAGCGCAACACACUAACCCAGGCAAUAGGCCCCCCAAGGCUAGAGUUAGACCUCCAGCGCGCAAAAGGAAGCCCAGGCAAGUCCUGGAACCCACCAACCUGGGUAAGCCCAAGGGCAAUUCUGGACUGGGCUCUUGCCCGAAAGUCGCUGACGUCAGCCAUGACGUCACGCUAACAUUAGCGGCUGGAAAUCAAUUUUUGUUUACAGCCCCCAACAGGAAGAUGCCAUAUGGCGCUUCCCGGACUCUCCAAUUGAAUUUUUUGCAAAAAUCCAACUCCCUUGAUUUUUUUGGCUAA